GUUUGUGCAUGUAAACACCAUAUCCCGAAUUCAGAAACCGGGUUAUGCCCUUUUUCCGGUUUCAAGAAACCCGGUUUUGUCACCUGGAGUACUCUCAUAGAAGCCGGGAUACUGGAGCAUGUAUACGCCUUAUCCCGGUUUCUGACGGCUGCCUGCCUUGUGCGCAGGCGCCAGAGUGAGUGACGCACCAGAUAAACAAGAAGAAACAUGGCGGCAACGAGAGCUUCCCAUUUUUGGAGCGACGAAGAGACUGAAUUUUGCCUGAAAGUAAUGAAAGAACUCAACAUAACUAAGUGUUUAGACGGCAAAAGACACAGAAAUGCCGACCUAUUCAAGUCUGUUGCGGACAAGCUACGUGACGCUGGUUUUCCACCUCGCACCGUUGAACAAGUUAGGUCACGGUGGAAAAUAUUGAAGAAGCACUACUACUUAGCCAAGCGCCAGAACCAGAAAAGUGGCUCUGAUCCAGCAACCUUCAAAUUUUUCGAAACACUGGACGAGAUGUUAGGUCACCGUCCUCUGGCAACAGCAGCCAGCAGUGGUGUUGACAUCGGCUUCUCGAAUGCAGCAGAGCCUCCACAGGGAGAUGACUUAUACCCAGAUAUGGAUGAUGACGCAGAGGAGGACUUAAGCAGAGCCAGUACCCCUGCACCAGCUGAGGCCACUGAGGAUUCUGCUGCAUCCGCAAAUAUUGACAGCCUGCCUGCAUCUGCUGAAGGGAUCCCUACUUAUGCAUCAUGUGAGAGACCCUCCCAAGAGUCCACAACACAAGACCACCUUGACAGGAGAAGGCGCAGAAGGCUCAACAACACCCUCAGCCGCCAGCAGGAUUUCCUAGAAAGGUUCCAGGAGGCCCAAAAUACCUGGAUGGAGCAUCAGCUGCGAGAGAGCUUCGAGCGGGAGCGUCAACUUCUCACUGAAGUGAUGCAGCAAAGCAGCCGCUCCAUGGAGUCCCUGCUGAGACCAUUACUUGGCGGCAUGAGAGGCCCGUACAUUCCACCAUCUUUUCAGCCAACGUUUCCCUAUGCUAAUCCUAAUAAUAUGCAUUACGAAGUCUCUCCAUCUUAUUAUCCUGCACCUGACACCUCUCAACAGGGGAGAGGAGGAGCAAUGGAGGACAACUCUGAAAACUCUUUUUUUGAACUUUAAAGUGUUUCAGAAAAUGUUUGCUUAAAGAGCAUGUUCAUUUUUUUACAUUUUGCACUUUAAGGACUAAGCUGCUGUCAUUUGCACUUUUGUGUAAUAUUUUCUAACUUUAUGGACAGCAUUGUGACAGGUUUUGUUAGGUUUUUUAAAAUUGUUUUGUUUAUUAUAUUGUUAACCAGCUGGCCAAUAUUUUUUGAUAUUUAAUGAAUGGCAACUGUUAAUAAAAAUGAUGAACUAUU